AUGCUGUUUUGGCACAACCAGCCAGAGCACCUGUGGCCAAGUCCUGUAGAGCUGUACCCAGGACCUCCCAGCAACCUACUCAGGGAGCCUCUGCCUCUGCCCUACCUGAAGCAGGAAGAACUGCCCAGCAUGCCCGGGGCAGAUCCGCCCUGUUCCAUGUUCCAGUAUGUGCUCUGUGCGGCCACGUCACCAGCCGUGAAGCACCAGGAGGAGACCCUCACCUAUUUGAACCAGGGCCAGUCCUACGAGGUGCGGCUGCUCUGCAACCCCAGACUGGGGGAUUCUGCCCAUUAUCCCCGGCUGUUGAAGAGUGUGGUGCGUGUGGUGUUCCAUGACCGGCGCCUGCAGUACACAGAACAGCAGCAGCUGGAUGGGUGGAGGUGGAGCCGGCCAGGGGACCGCAUCCUGGACAUCGAUGUGCCAUUGUCUGUGGGGGUGAUAGAACCCCAAAUGCUGCCCUCUCAACUCAACACAGUGGAGUUCCACUGGGACCCGACCAAGAAGACCUCUCUCUUCCUGCAGGUUCACUGUAUCAGCACUGAGUUCACUCCUCGGAAGAAAGGUGGAGAAAAAGGUGUCUCCUUCCGUCUCCAGAUUGACACCUUCAAGCCCAUUGACAAGGAGCUUCCACCAGAGCACCUGCAUUCGGCCGGCUGCCUCAUCAAGGUGUUUAAGCCCAAAGGAGCUGACCGGAAACUAAAAACUGACCGGGAGAAGGUUGAGAAGCAGCCCCUCCAUGAGAGAGACAAGUACCAGGUUGCCUGUGAGAACACGGUCUUCAUGGAGGCUCUGCUCCUCACCACCAUUCACUCUGGACACCUCUGUGGGCAGCCCAGCUGA